GGGAGCUGUCCGCGGUGCUGAAGCGGCGGCGGCGGAGCGGGGACCCGAGCCGGGGGGAGAGCUGCCCUGCAGCAGGUCCCCAGCGGCCGGCGCCCGGCUCGGCCCCGCAGAGAAGGAGGGACCCUGCUCGGCGGGACAGCCAGGGGCACCAUCUCCAGCAGACUGUGGGCUUCAGCAGACGGGGUGCACCCAUCCCUCUCCCUGCCUGCCGCCUUCCCUCCACCGUGUCUCCAGCUCCCAGCAUGUUGACAGGACCCACCAGUGAGUCAGCUCUAUGAGCAGGCUCACUGAGGACUGCUCCAGCUGUCCACCCCAGAACUGUCCCCCAGGAUCAUGGAGAGUCUGAGUGAACUUCAGAACCCACUGCUGCCUGGAAGCCCCCCUCACCUCCACGGCUGCUACCCCUACCCCGAGGCUUCGCCCAGCUGGUCAUGCCAGGAGAAGCUCUACUCCUACCUCCUGGGCGGUGGGGCCUCCGCUGGCACCCACCAGCUCCUCAACCCAGGGUCUUUGCAGCUGGCCGUGGAGGCCUGGUACAGGCCCAGCUUCCUGCUGGGGAGGGACAAGGUCAAGGAGCCCAAGGCAGCCAGCUGUGAGACCAGCUUCACUGAGAGCAGAGAGCCCCAGGCUGGGCCCCUGGAGCACUUGACAGAGCCAGGCCAGGAGGAGGAGGAUGUGGCCAUCCAGACCGUGUCUUAUGGGGUUCGAGAGGAGCUGCAGGGCCAGGAGGAGCAGGAGGAGGAGGAGAGUGAUGUGACAUCAACAGAGAGUGAAAGUGAAGACAACUUCCUCACGCUGCCUCCCCGGGACCACCUGGGCCUCACCAUCUUCUCCAUGCUCUGCUGCUUCUGGCCCCUGGGCAUCGCUGCCUUCUACUUCUCCCAAGGGACCAGCAAGGCCAUCUCCAAAGGGGACUUCCGGCUGGCCAGCACCACGUCACGCCGAGCGCUCUUCCUGGCUACUCUCUCCAUCGCUGUGGGGGCUGGCCUCUAUGUGGCCGUGGUGGUGGCUCUGGCAGCCUACAUGUCCCAGAAUGGUCAUGGCUAGUGGCCCAUCAGAGCUGGCAUCUGAUUCCCCUGCUUUGUGAGGCUUGGGAGUGGUGAUGCAGACUCUCCGGAGAGUUCUGGCCCCUGAAGACGCCCUGUGAGGGCAGCUGGCUGCGUGAGGCUUCCCUGGCUACAGUCUGCUGGGCUCGGCCUUCCCCCUUCUUCCCCAUUGACCCUUCCCAGAAUGGGCUGGGGGCACCUCUCUCUGGCCUGGGCUGUGCUGGGAAGCAGGAGGGCAGGACCACCCAUCAGACCACGCAGGCCCAGUGUACCUCUGACUUGCUGUCUGCUGGGAGCUCAGCUCGUUCUACCCAUUCUCUGAGGGUCUUGUGCCACCCAACUCUGUCAACCUCUCCAUAGGGAAAGAGCAGGGGACCACGGGGAGGAAAGGGGGUGCUGGGAGGAAGGAAGCCUGGAGGAGUCUCUACCCUGGGCAUAGCCUGAGCUUCUCCCAGCUCUGAUUCCUUUCCCCCAGAGGAAAAGGCACAAGGGGCAGAGGGGCCGGCUCUCUGUGGCCCUUUCUUGCUCUGGAGGGUGAUGUGUACUUCUUUUGAGGGUCUGCAACACAGUGGACAAGCACAGAUGUGUUGGGUCCAGAGGCUCUGAGGAAGGGUUGUUGGGGCUUUGUAGUACUGGAGUGAGCUGAUGUUACAGCAGAGGGACUGACUGGUGGGCCCUGGAGUGGUGCUGAGCCACAGGGGGCUUCCCAAUCUGCCCCUUGGCAUUUGUUCCCUGCCCUCAUCACCAGGGCUUGUUUCCCUUAGUCCCCAGUGGUAAGCAGGAAGUGCAUCAGGGGCCUCCCAGGAAGGGGAUCCUGUGUUUGCAUUAAGACUAAGGCAGCAGGGCUGGAUCCAUAUCAGUCCAACCUCUGAAGGCUUAGGAGGGCUCAUGGCCUUGGGGAUUCAUCACUGACACCCCCACUCAGCUACUCUCAACACCCCAGUCACCAGGAAGACAGGGCUGUCAGGGCUGGGGCGCUAGCUACCCACCCCGCCUCCCCCACCGCCGCCAUGUGUGGGGACCUGGUCCUUUCCACACCUCAUCUUGAGCCCCUGACUAUGAGUCACCACUGGCCCCCGGUGUCUUCCUGGACUCCGAUAUUGUCUAGCCCUCCACUCCCAGCACCCCGUGAAACUGCAGAGACCCAAGACCAGAAGUUCUAAGGUCCAGUCACUGUACAUACUUAUACUGCAAUAAAUUUUUCUGUAACGCCUGGUAUGCUCUAUGUUGGUUUGUUGGUUUGUUUGUUUUGUUUUUUAUUUGUUUGUUUUUACCAGAGCACUACUCAGCUCUGGCUUAUGGUGGUACAGGGUCCUCACUUCAGGACAGUGAAGCAGGGCUGCAUGUGUCUCUCUGUCUCUCUCUCCUUCUCAAUCUUUUUUUUUUUUUCUUUCUCCAGGGUAAUUGCUGGAGCUCAACAGAUCCACUGCUCCUGGAGGCCAUUUUUCCCCUUUUUGUUGCCCUUAUUGUUUAUCAUUGUUGUUAUUGCUGUUUUGGUAUGAGAUAGGACAGAGAGAAAUGGAGAGAGGAGGGGAAGACAAAGAAGGGGAGAGAAAGACACUUGCAGACCUACUUCACCACUUGUGAAGCGACUCCCCUGCAGGU